AUGGGGAAGAAAACUUAUUCUGAUGUUUUUUGGAGUAAAACCCAAUGCCUUCUAGGAAGAACUAAAAAGGCAUAUAGGAAGCUAUCCUUGAAAUGCCACCUAGAUAAGAAUCCAUACAAAGGAGAAAAGUUCAAACAGGAAUUUUCAGCUUAUGAAGUGCUUUCUGAUGCAAAGAAAUGAGAUUUAUAUGACAAAGGUGGAGAACACAUCAAUGAAGGUGGUUCUGGUAGUGGCUUUGGUUCUCCAAUGAAACUAUUUGAUAUGCUUUUUGGAGGAUGUGGAAGAAGCACAGAGAGGUAAAAUGUUGUUCAUCGGUUUCCAGUGACCUUAGAAGAUUUAUAUAAUGGUGCAAAAAAGAAACUGACUUUGCAAAAGAAUUUCAUUUGCAACAAAUGUGAAGGAUGGAGUGGUAAGAAAGGAGAUAUAGAAUGCUGUCCCAAAUGCAGAGGUGCUAGAAUGCAAAUAAGAAUUUAUCAGAGAAGACCUAGAAUGGUUCAGCAAAUUCAUUCAAUUUGCAUGGAACACCAAGGGCAUGGGAAACAAAUCAGUCCUAAAGAUAGAUUUAAAUGCUGCAGUAGAAGGAAAUUGUUCAAAGAAAAGAUUCUGGAGCUCCAUAAUGACAAGGGCAUGAAAGAUGGUCAGAAGAUAACAUUCUAUAAUGAAGGUGACCAGUAGCCAAGACGUGAGCCAGGAGAUAUUAACAUUGCUUUGGAUUAGAAGGACCAAGCUAUAUUUACAUGAUGAUGUGAGGACCUUUUCGUGUGUACGAAUAUCCAAGUGGCUGAAGCACUAUGUAGCUUUCAGAAACCAACAUAAACUCUUGACAAUAGAACUACAGUCACACCUCACUCUGGUCAGAUUGUCAAACAUGGAAAUAUCAGAUGUGUGCUGAAUGAAGGCAUCCUGAUCUAUUGCUGACCUUUUGAAAAAGGGAUUCUAACAACUGAAUUUAAAGUAAACUUUCCAGAGAAUGGCUUUCUUUCAUCAGAUAACCUAUCUUUGUUGGAAAAUUUAUUGCUUAAAAGAAAGGAAAUGUAGGAGACUGAAGAAAUGGAUCGAGUAGAACUGGUGAACUUUGAUUCAUCUCAAGAAGAUGACAUCACAGCAGGGACUAAUGGUGGCGUUUAUAAGGUUGAUGAAUAUGUAGUGGUGUUCAGUGUCAAACCACUUAAUGUAAUGCUGGCUUUUGAAUGCAAUAGUGAAUGA